GGAAACCAGAAAAUCGGGUUUUACGGCAAAAUUUUAAUGUGCGUCGAACGAAGUCGGACUGCUGUAGACACAAAUACUGUUGGACAGCAACGAAUAAGCCCAAACGGCUGACUGAAUGACGGACAAGGGGAACAGGUUCGCUGGUCGUCGAGUCGCUGCGAGUCAUACACAACAAAAGAACGGCUCGUCAUGAACAGACCGAACGGAACGUAGGAAUCGGACCGUACGCGCAUUUGAAAGCGGGCUUUUAAGUUUGGUCGCCAACCGCGACUCUUGAAAUAUAUUUGGUUUAUUUAACAAAAAUUGGAAUUUGCUCUUGAGUGCGAGUUGUAUAUCGCCGACGCGCCUAAACGAAAAUAUACUAAAUGUAAUUACGAAUAUAUGAGAAUAUACAUUUCCGUGCGCGUUGCAAAAUAAUGUAAAGUGAAUCGUGGAAAAGUGAAAAAAGUGUGUGGGAAGAAGAAAAAUUCUAAUAGAAAAGAAUUAAGGUGAAUUAAAUACUCAGUGAUAAAUUUAUAACAAAAAAAAAAUAUUUUAAACCACAAAAUCUUUGAAGAAAUGAAAAAAAUAUUUAUUCUUUAAAAAGUGUGUUGUGUAAUUGUUUAAAAAAAAUUCUGAACUAACAUAAAAAAACAAAACAAUUCAGUAUCUACAAGUUAAUGUCCCUUCAUCAAUAAAAAAAACACAGGCCCUUUAAUUAAGUCUCAGACAAAUUAGAAAACAUAAAAAUUAUUGUGUAGUCCCUUGUGUCACUAUGAGCUCAUUUCUAAUGGGUUACCCACACGCGCCGCAUCACGUUCAAAGCCCCAUGGGUAUGGGUAAUGGCUUAGACCCGAAAUUUCCUCCCGUUGCCGAUGACUAUCAUCAUUAUAAUGGCCACUAUUCCAUGACGGCAACGACGGGACAUAUGUCGGGCAUGGGUGCGACCAUGGGCGGCGGUAUGCCACCCAGUAUGCCGACGCAUCCUCAUGCCACGCACCCUGCCGACAUGGUCAAUGAUUACAUGGCAGCCGCUGUCCACCAUUCUGCCGCUAAUCAUCAUCCGCCGCACCCGCAUGCACAUACAAAUAGCGCGCUCUCAGGUCACCAUCACAAUAACGGUUAUACGAAUUAUGCGCCUACACCCACUCAUCAUCACCACCAAAGUCUCGGUUACUAUGGCCAUCAUGCGGCUGCGAUGCAUACCGGUCCGCCGGAAUUCAUAUCGGCUGGAGCGGUGCACUCGGAACCUAUAACACCGUUGGGUAAUGGUGUCUAUCCACCGCCGGUAAAUACACCGAACGGUAUAAGCGCUUCACUCACCUCAAAUGGAUAUUAUAAUGGUUAUUAUGGUACAAAUGGCAGUGUCGGCAGCGCUCAUUCGCAAGGUCACUCGCCACACUCGCAAAUGAUGGAUAUGCCCCUGCAAUGCUCUUCGACGGAACCGCCGUCCAACACGGCACUGGGAUUGCAGGAACUAGGUCUCAAAUUGGAAAAGCGCAUCGAGGAAGCAGCACCCGCCGGACAACAACUACAGGAAUUGGGCAUGCGGUUACGCUGUGAUGAUACUGGAUCGGAAAAUGAUGAUAUGUUGGAAGAGGAUCGUCUUAUGUUAGACAGAUCGCCGGACGAGUUGGGCUCAAAUGGAAAUGAUGAUGAUUUGGGCGAUUCGGACACAGACGACGACCUAAUGGGCGAAACAACAGAUGGCGAAAGAAUCAUAUAUCCGUGGAUGAAGAAAAUACAUGUGGCGGGCGUUGCAAAUGGCUCCUAUCAGCCGGGCAUGGAGCCGAAACGCCAACGCACUGCUUACACCCGCCACCAGAUACUCGAAUUGGAGAAGGAAUUUCACUACAAUCGUUAUCUCACACGACGAAGACGCAUCGAAAUCGCACAUACACUCGUGUUAUCGGAGCGACAAAUCAAAAUCUGGUUCCAAAAUCGACGCAUGAAAUGGAAAAAAGAUAAUAAAUUGCCCAACACGAAGAAUGUGCGCAAGAAGACAGUCGACGCGAAUGGAAAUCCAACACCGGUAGCGCCGAAGAAGCCGAAGAGAGUGAGUGCAAAGAAGCAAGCGCAGCAACAACAACAACAGCAGCAGCAACAAUUGCAGCAGAGUAGUCAGCAACAAACACAACAACCUCCAGUAAUAAAUGAGUGCUUGCGAACGGAUAGUUUGGAAAGCAUAGGUGAUGUCAACACGUCGCUGGCGAAUACACCGUAUAUGCCUAUCGCCAGUGAUCCAACGAACAUGCUUAACGCUGCAGCGCUGCACCAGCAUCCAUGCAAUAACAGCAGUAACAACGGAAGUGGCGGCUACACAGGAUCUCAACAACAACAGCAACAACAAAUGCCAAAUAGUCAUACGAAUGGUGGCAUUAACGGUGUACCUGGCAGCUUGCAGGCAAACAACAACAACAAUCAAAUGCAUGCGAACCUUCUUCCCGCCAAUCAGCACACACACACGUCCCUGCCGCCGCCAACGCAGCAACCGGACAUGAUGGCGAAUCUGCAACACAUAAAACAGGACUAUGAUCUAACCACGCUGUAGAAAUUGCGCAUAUGGGACAGACGCACGGCCUAGGGUUCUUAAAGUAUAGACAAAUUAAUUAAUUUCAUACAAAUGAGUCUUGAAUUACAUUUGCCUGCACUUUUAGUCUUUCCAAUGUCAUUUGUGCAGCUAACUACCAUAACUGUAAACGUACGAGUUUUAUGAGUUCGCACUUAUUACAUUUCAGGUGUCAAAUUUUUAUAAUUUGGUGGGCAAUAAACAGUUAUCUUAUUUAUUUAGGCAACAUUCUUGUUAUUUACUUAUAAAAAACUGGCAGUGGAAAUUUGUAUUGUAUUUUUCUCCCAUUACACCUUAUGAGCAUAAACACGCUAAAAUGAGAGCGUGAGCGCAAACUAUAUUUACCUUAACCUCAAGAAUCUUAUUAUUAUGCUUUUUUCUUCAAAAAGACAUAAUUAAGUAGCUUUUCAAAUUGCCAUUUUCAAUGAUGGUCAAUAACAGAUUCGGAAAAUGCAGUGAAUUAGUUAAGUUGAAAAACUAAUGUACAUACAUAUAUGCUAUAAAUGCUAGUACAUAUGUGCAUAUGUGUAUAUGUGAACAAAGUGUUUUUGUACAGUCUGUACAUAUACAUACAUAAGUAGUGAUUUAAACUGUAGAUAUUACUGUAUUUACAAAUGGCUUAUGUAAUUAUAUACAUAUGUACGCAUAUAUUAAGUAAUGGUAUUGAUAAAAUUCUAUAAUUCUUGUCGAAAGAAAUAAUAUCAGUACAUUUAAUUAAAUACAUAGUUAUAGCGUAUAUAUAAGUAAUUAUACAUAGUUGUAAUUUAAAAUAUGUUUUAUUUAACUUUAUUAUUAUAAUGUUUAAGAAGAUUGUACACAAAAUUAUAGACAAUAU